AUGCCAUCACUCAUUGAAGUCGACAGCCUUGACAUUCAUGUCUUGAUCAAUGAUGAGAUUGACCAAAUCUCACCGAGCCCAAACCCGCGGAUUCAGCAAGCCCAAUCUUUCGCCGGUGUCCCAUUGAGCCCUGUGUCAGACUCCAGCUCUCGAGGAGGAGCUCGGUUGGAAAUGCCAAUGCGAAAUAUCUGUUGCGGCGCUCAUGGCCUGUCCCUGUUUAUCACAGCGAAGAAGGACGAUAAGUCUCACACGCUGCUUUUCGAUGCCGGACCCGAGGAAGACGUUUUCGAGAAAAACGUCCAGAGACUCAAGCUCCCAAUGGCUGAAAUUGGUGCCAUUGUUCUUUCGCAUUGGCAUAGAGAUCACUCUGGUGGGCUUCUCUCGGCGAUUCGGCUUGCCAGCAGCGGGAGGUCAGACGACGAUCAGGUCCUUGUUACGCUUCCUCCAGAUAAGCCAGCGUUCCGAGGAAUCAUGUUCGAUCAACCUAUUUCGCUGGAAGCAGACCCAACCAUGAAUGAGAUCGAUAGUGCUGGUGGUAAGACAGUUGUCUUGAAUGAGGCACGAACCAUUCUCGACGAUGCCUUUCUCAUAUCCGGAGAGAUUCCGCGCCAGACAGAGUAUGAAGGUGGCAUCCCAGGUGGUGUUCGAUAUGAUCCGGCCAAGGAUGAAUGGACAAAGGACGAGCUGAUCAUGGAAGAACGGUUUGUCAUGUGUAAGCUCAAAGGCAAGGGCCUGGUCAUCUUCACCGGCUGCAGUCACGCUGGUCUCAUCAACAUUACCAGAUAUGCGAAAGCUAUCGACGACAGCCCUAUCUACGCUAUUGUCGGCGGCUAUCACCUCGCAGAUGCGUCACCUGAUAAGAUGGAGCAGAGCAUGAAGGAUCUCAAGGAUCUCGAGCCGGCUUUGCUGAUGCCGGGACAUUGUACUGGGUGGAGGUUCAAGGGACUUAUUGAGAAGGAAAUGCCAGGUCAAAUGGCUCCCAUAUUUGGUGGCACAAAGUAUACACUGUAA